AUGCAUCUACAGUACCAUCGCCAGCUGCUGCAAAGAUUGAGCUACAUCUUAUUUCAAGCGAAGACCGAGUGAGUUGUAUCCAACAAAGAUCAGUACUUGAGUUGAUGCUGACCAGGAUGAAGUCCCCAUACUUGGGUUGGAAACAUGGUUUGCAUAGUUAAGAAAGGAGCACAUUACCCAUAUCUCAACUCCAGUGACUUCCGCAACCUCCUCGACCACCUCUCAGUUUUCAUCAACGACGCGAAUAAUGGCCGCUCCUGGUUUGACAUUACUUCAAUGGAACAAUGUGCUGCUCAAGCCAGAAACAUCAUGGGCGUCCACGUUGUGAACCAGUUUGACCAGCCGUCUCGAUACAUCGCAACAACGUACCCGCAGGAUCAUAGUGUUUCAGGUACUUUGAACGUCGGAAAACUUUCGACACAUCUCGGUAUUCCACUACAUUACUAUGAACGCCAUGGACGUCCUAGCAUCAGCCCUCACCUCCACGAGACUGGCCUUUUGGGCGUCGAUUUGAGACCUACAACAUAA